GCAAAAAGAACAUUGGAACUUUGAUCUCUGCAGACACAUAUUAUUGCUCUUAUCAUACAUAUAUAAGAUCAAAUGGGUCGUUUAGCCAUGUUGAAUCUUGUACUGAGGUUACUUUCGCUUGCCGGCCAGGUUGUUUCCGUCAUCCUCUUCCUCUCCGCCACCUCCGACAACGACAAAAACUGCGACAACAACAUUGCUUUCGAUUUCGAUGUCAAACCCCAAUUCACCUUCAACAAGUUUUCCGCCUAUCGAUACACAGUAGCUGUGAAUGGGAUUGGAAUUUUGUAUUCUUUCGUGCAAAUUGUGUCAGCAGUAUUCCAUGGGAAAUCUGGGGAUCACUCCUACCAGGGACUCGUUAAAUUUAAUCUGUACGGCGACAAGGUAGUGUCCAUUCUACUGGGGACAGGAGUGGCUGCUGGAUUUGGGCUUACGUUGGACUUGAAACACCUUCCUUGUUCUUCAAUCAUCACCGGAAGAUUUCUUGACAAAAUGGCUGUGGCUUGUAGCUAUAGUCUUGGAGGAUUUGUAUCCACCGCCGUAGCAUCUUUUAUCUCUGUCAAAAUUUUCGAGACCUCGUUAAAUGAUUGUUCUUGUUAGUUAAAUCUUCAAGGAUAUGAUGAUCAUUGCUUCGUGGUUUAUAAUUAAAUUUAUUUGGUGAAUAAUUCUUUACAGGUUGGGAAGUUAUCG